AUGACCAACAGCACCACUGUGGUGGAGUUUACUCUCCUGGGGCUCACUGAUGACCACCAGCUAAAGAUUCUCCUCUUUUUGGUUCUCUUACUGAUUCUGCUCUUGAUCCUCAUGGGAAACCUUGCAAUUGUUGUGAUCACCUUGGUGGAUCAUCAUCUCCAGACCCCCAUGUACUUCUUCCUCAGAUGCUUUGCCUUACUGGAAGGCUGCUUCACCCUUAUCAUCAUUCCCAACUUCCUCUACAGCCUUAUGACAGGGAUCAAUGCCAUUUCUUUUGCCAGCUGUUUCCUUCAGUCAUUUUUCUUUUUCCUCUUUGGCACUUCUGUGUAUUUCCACUUGGCUGUGAUGUCCUUUGACCGCUAUAUGGCCAUUUGCAACCCACUGCAUUAUGUCACCAUCAUGGACAGCAGGGUCUGCCUCCAGCUGGUGCUGGGCUGCUGGCUGGUGAGUUUCCUGUUCGUCUUUCCCGUCACUAUUAUGUUUUCUCAGUUGCCCUUUUGUGGCCCAAAUGUCAUAGACCACUUCUACUGUGAUGCUGCUCCAUUGCUCCAGCUCUCUUGCAUGGACACAGGUUUCAUAGAAAUAACUGUCUUGAUUACAGCUGUUAUUACACUGCUUGGGACUUUGACAGUAAAUGUUGUUUCCUAUGGCUGCAUCAUCGCCACCAUCUUGCAGAUCCCAUCGUCCACAGGCAAGAAGAAAGCCUUCUCCACCUGCUCUGCUCACCUCCUGGUGGUUGUGAUCCUGUACGGCAGCUCCAUCUUUAGGUACAUCCGGCCAGCUCAGCGGGGAGGACAAGCUUCUGACAAAGUUAUUUCUUUUUUCUAUGCUGUGGUGACCCAGCUGUUUAACCCGUACAUUUAUGCCCUGAGGAAUAAACAAGUCAAACAGGCCUUGAAGGAUGCUGGUGGCAGGGCAUUUUCUAAGCGUCUGAGACGUUCCUGAAAGCCAAGAUUUCAAAGGCGGAGGAGUUGAGUGAAUGAGGAUGGUGACUGGCUGCGUGGCCAAUUAGGAGGCACUGCCACAGCUCAUGUUAGGAUUGAAUGGGUCAAGAGGUGAGGUGUGUUGUAUUUUUAUUGUAUUAUUACUAUGAUCCAGUCUAGACAGGAGAAAUUUAUCUCUCAAACAAAGAGAUGGUUUACAUUUCACUGUAUUAUAUAGGCCCCAGUGGCCUAAUGGAUAAGGCACUGGCCUCCUAAGCCAGGGAUUGUGGGUUCAAGUCCCAUCUGGGGUAAAAUAUGUGUUCAUGUGUGAUAGGUUUGCUGAAAGUAGGAUUUUUGAAUGACAACCAAUAUGGGUUUGUUGUGGGCAGGUCUUGUCUUUGUUCCUGCUCAAGGCAGGGGGUUGGAUUUGAUGAUCUGUUUAGG